ACUAAUGGCGGUUUUGUAGUACCGACCGGUGACGCGCUGCCGUUAUUGGAUCCUUCGGUGGUUCAAAGAUCCGCUGCAACAUGUCGUCCCGUCAUCGGCUAGAUAUUGGCGAUUCUAGACCACGGCGAUCCAGGUUCACUGAUGAGCCGGAGAACAACUGCAGUCGCGACAGAUCCAGAUCACCAGAUAGAAAUUCAAAGGCACAUAUGCCAAUACCCACAUCAUUUUCUGUCCAAGUCAAUCCAUACAACGGCAAGCCCUUUUCUGCGCGGUACUUUGACAUCUUCAGGAAGCGCAUUCAGCUGCCUGUUUGGGAAUAUAAAGAAACAUUCUACAAGGUUAUCUCCGAAAAUCAGGUUACUGUAUUGGUCGGUGAAACUGGCUCCGGUAAAACAACUCAGAUUCCUCAAUGGUGCCUCGAGUGGAUCACGGGCAGGUAUCCCACGAAGAAGGCAGUUGCCUGCACACAACCACGUCGUGUUGCAGCAAUGUCGGUUGCUCAACGUGUCUCUGAGGAAAUGGAUGUUGAGCUUGGUCAAGAGGUUGGCUACAGUAUUCGAUUCGAGGAUUGCACCUCUUCCCGCACUCUUUUGAAAUACAUGACUGAUGGAAUGCUUCUUCGAGAAGGCAUGUCUGAUCCGCUACUGGAAAACUAUGGAGUUGUGUUACUUGAUGAAGCCCACGAACGUACUCUGGCCACUGAUAUACUUAUGGGGCUGCUCAAAGAAAUCACCAAACAGCGAGUAGACCUGAAAAUUGUGGUAAUGAGUGCCACGCUAGAUGCAGGGAAAUUUCAAGACUACUUCCUCAAAGCUCCCCUUAUGACAGUUCCCGGACGCACUCAUCCUGUGGAAAUCUUCUAUACUCCUGAGCCCGAACGUGAUUAUUUGGAGGCUGCAAUUCGAACUGUGAUUCAGAUUCACAUGUGCGAGGAAGUUGAAGGUGAUAUUUUGCUCUUUUUGACCGGGCAAGAAGAAAUCGAAGAAGCAUGUAAGCGUAUUCAACGUGAAGUCGAUGGUCUUGGACCAGACGUCGGUGAACUUCGGUGCAUUCCCCUGUACUCCACUCUACCACCCAACUUACAACAGCGCAUUUUUGACGCACCCCCACCAAAACGCCCCAAUGGUGCUGUUGGUAGAAAGGUGGUCGUGUCAACCAAUAUUGCUGAGACGUCCCUCACAAUCGAUGGUGUGGUUUUCGUGAUUGAUCCCGGAUUUGCGAAGCAGAAAGUGUACAAUCCACGCAUUCGAGUCGAAUCAUUGUUGGUGACAGCGAUUAGCAAGGCUUCCGCACAACAACGCGCCGGCCGAGCUGGAAGAACGAAACCGGGCAAAUGUUUUCGUCUCUACACUGAGAAAGCUUAUGCCAAUGAGAUGCAAGACAACACGUAUCCGGAAAUUUUGCGAUCCAAUUUAGGCACUGUUGUAUUGCAGUUGAAGAAGUUAGGCAUUGACGAUUUGGUCCAUUUUGACUUUAUGGAUCCUCCUGCUCCCGAAACUCUGAUGCGCGCUCUGGAACUAUUAAAUUACCUAGCCGCGUUGGACGAUGAUGGCAACCUCACCGACUUAGGAAGCAUGAUGGCAGAAUUCCCUCUAGACCCCCAGUUGGCCAAAAUGGUGAUCGCCUCAUGUGAUUUUAACUGUUCCAAUGAAGUACUGAGCAUCACAGCUAUGCUGUCUGUUCCACAGUGUUUUGUCAGACCCGCCGAGGCCAAAAAGGCCGCCGAUGAAGCGAAAAUGCGUUUCGCUCAUAUCGAUGGGGACCAUUUAACUAUGCUGAACGUGUAUCACGCAUUCAAGCAGAAUCACGAAGAUCCCCAGUGGUGCUACGAUAACUUCAUCAACUUUAGAUCAUUGAAGUCUGCUGACAACGUUCGUGUGCAAUUGUCCCGCAUCAUGGACCGGUUUUCUCUCCGGCGUUCCAGCACAGAUUUCAGUUCACGCGAUUAUUAUCUCAACAUUCGCAAGGCGUUGGUGUCCGGGUUUUUCAUGCAGGUGGCUCAUUUGGAGCGUACCGGUCACUAUCUGACAGUGAAAGACAAUCAGGUGGUCCAACUUCACCCAUCCACUGUUCUGGAUCACAAACCGGAAUGGGUGCUAUACAAUGAAUUUGUGCUUACCACCAAGAACUACAUCCGCACAGUGACUGAAGUCAAACCAGAUUGGCUUGUACGGAUCGCGCCUCAAUACUACGACAUGAGCAACUUCCCCGACUGUGAAGCAAAGCGAGUGUUAGAACGAAUUGUACAGCGUUUUCAAAACAAGCGGUUGCAAGCAGAGCAGAAACAGGCGCAGCAGGAAAUGAAGGUCAAAACAUCAACUUAGUCCUCCACGUUUCCUUUUGAUACACGACAACAAUCGGACUGUGCAUUUUCUGCCUCAUGUUUCCACCCGCCACUCAUUCACCAUCGGAUGCAUAGGAUGACCGACCCUACUUUGUAUCGAUAAGCAUUCCCCGUUUCGCUGACAUUUCAAAUCGGCGGAACCCGUGCACAAGCACGCAGACCAUCAUGUUCUGUAAUUAACGAAAAUGAAUAUUCUCCCGUUGUACUUUGUUUAUUCUCAUUCAUUAGCUACUGGAUGGCCAUUUUGUAUGUCCUGCUUCAUUUGUAUCGCCGACGGCCGAUCUAUUGGGUUUGAUUUCAGCAGUCGCUUUAGUAUGCAAUAGAACCGUUCGCCAAUCAUCUGUCUGUCACCAGUAGAUUACAAUAAAGUUUGACAUACUUGUUUAGCUGCACCGGCUGUGUUUGAAUUUGUUGAAAAAUGCAGUAUUUGUCUUC